AGCUAGUGUUAUCAAAUUAUAAUCAGUUAUUUUCUUUACCGAUGCCAUACGAGUUUGUUUUCUGCACAAGAAGUGUCUAGCUAACUGGCUACUUAGCCAGCUAAUUUGGUCAUUAGCUACACCAGCUAGCGCGAGCUGGUAUGUGAACGACGCACACUUGUCCUCGCGCAGCUUUUUCCCUGUCUGGGUAAACAAUAUAUAUUUUUUUUUGAUAAGCCCCUUCUGAACCACCGCGAGUGUGAUUUAUUGAUGUAUGCAUCUAGCUAGCAAGGUGUUGCCACAUUUAGUUUUGUCUUUAUUUUUUGCAUUAUUUUGAAUGCAUAUUUUAUUUGCCGGACAUUUUCUUGUAUUAGCGCAAGGCGCUGUCUGCCAGCUCCCUACUUAGGUGCAUGUGUCCGUUGCUUUUUUUCCCCCCUGUAUAUUUCUUAGGGCUACACAGCUAGCUUGACAGUUGCUUAGCUAGCAGCAUUUAUUCGCUAUAGCAGCUUGCCCCGGUUGACAUCGGCGAGUAGCACAAAUCGUUUAUGAAUGUGGAACUGCUUUGGAAUUCUUUUUUUUAGGUUAACUAACGUUAGCUGGCUGUAAUUAAUUACUAUCAGCCAGUGGCGUAUGAUUUGUGCUGGGGGUUUCAUUGUUAGCUAGCUAUCUGGCUAACUGUGUGAAUUCGAUUGUGAGGAAAGGACCUACGUUUUUUUAAGUAGCUAUGGAUGAUCAAACGCGAAUGCUGGCGGGUCUCACCGGACUCGGCGGGUUAUCACAAGGCGACGUUGGCGACCCAGACUCGGUUAGGAAACAGCUCGGUCAACCUCAACAAGACAUUGGGGAUAUUCUACAACAGAUCAUGGCCAUCACAGACGAAAGCCUGGACGAGGCGCAGGCCAGAUGCUGGCCAGAGGAGUCGCCGGCGCACUGGGGCAGAUCGGAUGACCCCGCAGAGGGAGGGGGAGCUGGGGGGGGCACGGCAGGGGGUGGCCUGCCACUCAACUUCCAGCACAGGAAACACGCCCUGAACUGUCACAGAAUGAAGCCUGCCCUCUUCAGCGUUCUGUGUGAGAUCAAAGAGAAGACCGUGCUGAGUAUCCGAGGCAUUCAGGAUGAGGACCCCCCAGACCCCCAGAUCAUGCGCCUGGACAACAUGCUGCUGGCUGAGGGCGUGUCUGGCCCGGAGAAGGGCGGGGGCUCGGCUGCAGCAGCUGCGGCCGCAGCAGCAGCAGGAGGGUCACCCGGUGCCGACGGCGGCAUCGAACACUCAGACUACAGAGCCAAGCUGGCACAGAUCAGACAGAUCUACCACUCUGAGCUGGAGAAAUAUGAACAGGCGUGCAGUGAGUUCACCAACCACGUGAUGAACCUGCUGAGGGAGCAGAGUCGCACGCGGCCCAUCUCUCCCAAGGAGAUCGAGCGCAUGGUGGCCAUCAUCCACCGCAAGUUCAGCUCCAUCCAGAUGCAGCUCAAACAGAGCACUUGUGAGGCCGUUAUGAUUCUACGCUCCAGAUUCCUCGACGCCAGGCGUAAGAGGCGUAACUUCAACAAGCAGGCUACAGAGGUGCUGAACGAGUACUUCUACUCCCACCUGUCCAAUCCCUACCCUAGUGAGGAGGCCAAAGAAGAGCUGGCCAAGAAGUGUGCCAUCACAGUCUCACAGGUUUCUAAUUGGUUCGGCAACAAGAGAAUACGGUACAAGAAGAACAUUGGUAAGUUCCAGGAGGAAGCGAACCUCUACGCAGUUAAAACAGCGGUGGAUGCUGCCAGCGUGUCGGCGCAGGCUAGCCAGGCUAACUCUCCGGCGACGCCCAACUCAGGGUCGUCGGGGUCAUACAGCUUGUCUCAUGCAGGCGACGCUGCAGCUGCUGCCUACCUCGGCCUGCACCCCUCAAACCUCAACGGGGCUGGGGAGGCCGUCCUCAACAUCGCCCCCUCUCUGCAGCCCCAGGUGGAUACCCUGCACCGUGCUACACACCUGACGGCAGGCUAUGAGGAGCUGACCACUAGCUCACUCUACAUCCCACGCCGCCUCGACCCUAGCAACAGCUGGCAGGACAACACCCAACCCCCCUCCGUCACCUCUCCACCAGGCCCCCCUGGCAGCGUUCACUCUGACACCUCCAACUGAGACACACCCCCCUUUUCUUCCACCCCUCCAUCCUGCCCGCCUCUCCACUCGGUCCGGACUGGGCAACUCAUGCCAGGCGCUGUACACACACUUCUGUGGACCGUUAAGAUGGACAAGUGAACAGAAGACAUUUACCUUCCUUCCAUCCUACAGAAAUUCUGGAGGCUCCUUUGUCUUCAUGAUGAAUUUUAGGGGAGGAGACUGACUGGCGCCUGAUCAUGACAUCAUAACCCCUCGCCGCCUCCAGGACCUUUGGGGAACUACUAACCCAACCAACCUGGCUGUGUAGGGCAGGUGAUGAUCACUGAUGACUGUACGUUACCUGUGUAUAUGUUCAUGUCAACUCCAGUGUUCACAGCCUGUCCAUUACCUGUCCCCUGUGAGGUUCUGGUGUUGAUGCAUGUGAUAGUGGUCACACACACACACUAACGCCAGGCGCUGUGGCGAAAGGGAUCACAAAACGAGCUCUGCUCACCUUGCUUGUACCAAAGUGAUGUCCUCUCUCCUUCCCCCAACCUGAUAAUUGUCACCCUCCUUCUAUUCCUCUGAGAACCAACUAGUAACACAGGCACCUUCCAUCUUUUAGUAUUGCUGAUGCUUUCAGUUUGGGGGGAAUAUUUUUAAGUGAGUGCUUUAUAGGUCAGAUAUGCACACACCACCCACCUUUUACAACCCCUCAUAUGGAACAUGGACACAGAUCUGUCAAGCACAAACUUUUGCACCUUUUUCCAGGUGCUUCUACCCGGUGACAGUAGUUCUGGGGAGUUGAGCAUACAGUAGGCUUGAGGACAGGACUGAAGAUGAAGGGAGUGGCGAAAUUAAUGAUCCUCUUUAGUCCUCCAGAGGUCGUUUCUAUUGCGUCCCCCUUCGCUUAGUCAUCAAAAGCUAUAGACUCUUUGUAGAUGUUAUUUUCCUCUGUCUGUCAACUACUUUUAGUUGAUUGUAGCUUCCCCCCCCCCCCCCCGCCUAACGUUGUUUCACAAAGAAAUGCACCAGCCACCAAAUAAACACAUUUUGUUGAUAGAACCUAAAUGUGGUGUUGGGACGGUGAAAUGGAUGACAUGAAAUACGUUUUGGGGCAGAGAUAGCUAUGUCAUUGGGGGGGGGGGAUGUGACAUGAUUUUUUUUUUUUUAUAUUUGUGACAGUCUUCCAAUGCAUGUAGGCUUUUUUUAGGUGUUCAGUGAUGGGUCUCAUUUUAAAUAUUCAAGUUAUUUAGCUUCUUCACUUUUGUUUUCUCAAAGACACAGACCAAAAAGGAGUAGAUGUGUUAUGCUGUAUGUACAGAGUUCUCAGAUGUCUCAGUCGGGAAGGCUUAAUAAAUACGGCCCAGCCUUAUGGGGUAAGGCUGGGCUGUAUUCAUUAGGAACAAAACUGGCUGAAACGGGGAGCGACUUACCUGAAUUUGUCCAACAAGAAAUGCUUGUUUUCGUUUGCCGUUGCUAUACAUUUUUGCUACGGUGCAAAAUAUUUAGCUUACGGUGUACACUAAUGAAUAGGACCCUGGGUUUAUACUCCACCAAACGGUCUCUGGAUCAGAACAUUCCUGGGGUGUGCAACAUGCACCGAAGUGCGUGAAGUCACAAAGAGGUUAUGGAGUACAUCUAGUGUAGAUUCAGCCUUUACAUUAAUUUUUUUUAUCAGUUCUUCUUUGGUGUAUUUAACAACUGUGGCCUCACCACUAGCAGGGUAUUGUUCAUUAGGGCCAAAACCUUUUAAAACCGAGUGAUAUGGGGAGAUGCUACUGCCUGAACUUAGCCAAAAGGGAUAAGUUUUUUUGGUCGCAAACCGUUUUGCUACGUCGUGCCCUACUGAACAGGACUCUGGUGGAAGUCCCCAGUCCAGACAGGGCUUGAAAAGUAGCAUCUACUCAUAAUAAUCUGUUUAGCUCACAGGCCACACUAGAACUUUGCAUCGUACCAAAAAUACCAGUUAUCAAUAAUGUAAUUAUGAUGAUUAUAUUUCACACCAAAAAGUUGGUGAAUAAAAAGUCUCCCAUUUUGGUAGAGGGAAUUGUAUUUGUACUUUUUUUAAUGGUUUUGUCAGGCCUCGUGGCAUUUGAGUUUGGGGUAAUAUGGGGGGGGGGGGGGGGGCUGUUAUGUCCGUCACACCAGUGCUAAAGAAUUGGUUGUAUUGGUGCCGUGGAGACCGAGCAUCGUUGCCGCAGAGAGCCAGAGCAUUGUUGCCUUCCAUGGGAAGGCAUGUUUUCUCCCUUGACUCCAUCUCAGAAUCCGCUGGUAAAAAUAGGUCCUAUUGGUAAGCCCUAUGAUUUGGCCAAUCAGCAAGGGCUUUAACUGUUCUUAAUAACUUUUACCAAAAAGGCAGCGCUGGUUUUAUGAUAAACAAGGUAGUCUUUAGAGUCAAAUCAGAGUUUCUCUGAUUUUAAUUUCCUUUGUAGUUUAAAUUCAGCUUUUUUUUUUUUUCUUUUUACAAUCAUACAUCACUUGUUAAGAGUACCGGGCAUUUUGAUAAAGAAAGGACAAACUAUAUAUUAAACAUAUAUACGGACAUUUUCAAUGUAAAAUUGGAGUUUUGUUAAAUACAGACAUCGUUACAGAGAGCUCUUAUAUUGUAUUACCCAAAUUAGUGUCCUUGUUUACUGUUAUAUUAUAAACAUUUCAUAUGGCUUAUUAUAACUUACAAAUAAUGCUGCCACUACUACACCAAAUUAGUUCCCUCUUCCUGUCUUUUUCUACCAGUCGUAAAUGGAUGUCACUGUACAGAUUGUGGAAUGUUUGUUUUUUAUCUUUUUAUAAACCCAAUGCUUUAUUUUUGCUUUUCUUUUUGGGAGAAUUGCCUGGUUGUUUGGUCAUUAACAUUCUCCUGAGGUUGGGAUCGAGUUAUAAUUUUUUUUUUAUGAUUAUUUGCAUAUUUUAAUUUGGGAUAAAUGUUCGUUGAGGUUGCAGUGUGGGGGUUAUGGGUAUUGUAGUUUGGUGCUGUGUAAAUUCCAAUUGGAACUUGAGAAUUUGUGAAACCGCAUUUUAGCAAUAACUCCUGAAUUAAUGCUAGAGCCAUUGUUGGCCAUCUUGAAUGCAUUUAAAUCAGCCCUUACCUCAACAGCUGGGGGAAAAACGUCCUUCACACACAUUUUAGAAAUCCCUCGAUUUCCCUUAUCCAUUUAAUUUCAGCCAUUUAGUCAGGAUUGACCCCAUUGAUAUGGCUACCUAUAAUUGGUGAAUUUGAGUUCUCCCAGUAUUUUGUAGCAACAGUACAGUUCAAUGCAAAAAUAGAGCUUCACAGGUUGAGCCAAUACUGAGUCAACCUACUGUAGGAUUCUACCACAGAAUAUUCUACCAUUCUAAUUCUUUGAUUCUACCUGCGGCCAUAGAAUUCCACAGCACCAAAUCAAACGAUAAAAGGUUUAAUGUAAUGUGUCAUUUUUUGUUUUAUUAGUAUCUUUGUAUAUUUCUCCCUCUUCUUCGUCCCACUGUAUUUUAAAUACCACCUUGUCUCUCUACCUCUCUCUCAGUUUCUCUUGUAUAUAAAACCCCACUGUUUCAAGACCUGUGAGUCUGUAUGAACUCCUUUUAUACCUCAACUUUAGAAUUGUUCUAGAACGAGUAUUAAGAAUGACAAGUUGUAGUGCUCCUUAUUAGAAGAAAAAAACUAAUAAAAUAUUUGUGCUUUUCAUUA